GGUCCAAUGUGCGAAGGAAUUUUGCUUCGUAUUAAACAAUUUGAAGAGCUUGUCCUGUCUCGACAAAUAUCAGAACCUUGCCUUAAAAAGUUGAAUUUUGUAGUUGAUGCUCUCGAUCGCCAUGUUUAUGACGAGGCUGGACAAUUCUUUGAACAAAUGCUAGUAAAUUAUGCAGAUGAUUGUGCUAUUGGUGGUUGGGCUCACGGUAUUCGAUUGCUAAUUCACGAAUUACGGAAAACUCAAUCGCCAAAUAUUAGAUCACAUAGUGCUGGGACUAGGAAUCAUUGA